AUGGCAGACGACGAACUCAAGGCCAAGCUCAAGCAAGUCAUUGAUAUGGCCAUCUUCUCUCAGCUGCUAGAAAUGGAUGAUGACGAAGUGCGUGAGUUCAGUUCGUCGGCAGUUUAUGAAAUCAUUGAGGCAGGCGAAAACACCGUUGAGGACAUGGACAAAGCACUCAAUUAA